UGAGGUGACAGUAACAGUCUUUGAUAUUUGAUUUUGUUCGGGUAAAUUUUCGUUCCGAAGUUUUUAAAAAUUUUUUUACGUUUACUAAAUUGUCACCUCACGAUCACUUGUAAUACAGUUUUUUUUUUCUCAAUGUAACCUACGAAAUUUCAGAAAUAUCAAUUGUUUUUGCUUUUGGAAAAUCGUUCAUACUAAACGUCGAUAAAAUGGAAAAAUCCCAAAAAUUGAAAUUGGUAAAAGAUGCCCUUACAAGCUAUCCUGAUUUCCCAAAACCAGGAGUAAUAUUUAGAGAUAUAUUUGGAAUAUUCAGAAAUGCAGCAGCUAUGCAAGCAAUGACGGAUCUAAUACUUGGUCACGUUGCUCUCUUAGAUAUUGAAUUAAUUGUGGGAUUAGACUCAAGAGGAUUUCUGCUGGGUCCACUAAUUAGUCUUGGGUUAGCUAAACCGUUUAUUCCAAUAAGAAAGAAGGGAAAGCUGCCUGGCAAAGUUAUUCAACAAAGUUAUACUAUGGAGUAUGGUGAAGAUACCAUAGAAAUGCAAAUUAAUGACUUGCAUGGAAAAAAUAAAGUUCUUCUUGUAGACGAUCUCAUAGCUACUGGAGGAACUAUGGAAGCUGCAGAAAAAUUAGUAAAAUCAGCUGGAAUGAGUGUUGUUCAAUGUUUUUUCAUCGUAGAAUUGAGUUCUUUGAAAGGCCGUACAAAGUUAACGGCUCCAGUUCAUUCUUUGAUACAAUACGACUCGUGAAAUGUGUUUUUUCAGCUGGCUAAAAUUAGCAAGUUACCAUUUUACACGUAAAAAAAUUGUGAAAAUUUAUAUUUUUUUAUUUUAUAGAAAUAUAUAAAAAUAUAUUUG